AGCUGAUGUGUCCGAGUUGCACAAUCUUCUCCAAGCAAACUAGCAAAGCAGAAAUGUCAAUCCCUGUGGUUUUGCUGCUGAUAUUUCUCUUUAAGUCUGAUCUGUCAAAAAGUGAGGCUGAUACGAGGAGCAUUAUCAUUUUUGCUGUAGAGAAAGCAACUUUCUUCCUGGAAAAUAACUACAGGGACGUCAAUCUAGAUGCAGUGUUUGGAUUUCAUGUUUUGCAAGCUCAUUUGAAAGAAGCCCUGGAGAAAUGGGCCUCAGAACAUGAAUUACUAUCUCAGCAGGCCCGAGUUGAAAGGCUGGUGAAGAAGUUGUCUUCUCUGAUUGAAAAAGCAACUCAUUCUCUUGAGCAGAGUGACCCAGAGUAUUUCAAAGAAUUUGAGCCAGUUUUAGAACCAAAUUUUUGGAUGCUUCCUCAUUCUUGGAACCAAACAGACUCCUCACUUGCCUACUCCGUGUUUGACAGCAGCAGUUGUUUUACAGAGGACAUGAGUGAUAAAUGCUUUACAUAUUUGCUAGGAACUUGGAAAGAUAAUGGCAAGCCCUGUGUUGUCACCAAAACCUGUAGGAACAUCAUGACAAAGUUCGGAUGCUCAGGUUACCCCCUGUCACAUCAGCUUUUCUACUUCAUGUUUGCAACUAUGAAAGGCUGUUUGGAUCAUCUGUUCCUGAGGGCCCAAUAUUACAAGAAUAUUUUCUGUGCUAGCAUGAUGAAAAUAAAUCUGGUGAUCGAAAGCAAUGGGUUCAAGUUUUCCUCUCGAGACAUCUUCAUGGAAAAUAUUAUGUUAUGUGGUAUGUCUGGAUUCUCUGACUUCUACAAACCCAGCUGGCUGGAGAACAUUCUCACAUGGCAGAAGCCCGAGGAGGGAUGCUUUGGGAAGCCCAGUGAGAAUUCUGAACACCCCUCCAGGGUGAAAGACCAAGAGCAACUACUGAGAAGAGUUAAAAGAAGAGAGAAGGUGUUUGCAGAUGGAUGUUCCUCUCAUAACACAGCCGUGGCAGUCGGAGUACUGGGGGGAUUCCUCUACUACUACUGAAAAUGCCAGUAUGUUACAGAUGAUCAACUUGGAACUUCCCAUACACAAAGUUAUGAUUGGUUAGUCCUGAAGCAAUACCUGCUCCAGUUUCAUCAUGCAAUAGGAGUAGUCUUUUCAAUCAAAAUUUCCUCUUGCAACACAUAGAGCAAACCCGCUCUGGUAGCCAAGUUGUAAUCACGCUGACACUGACUAGUGCUAUUUUGGCAGCACAAUGGAGAUUUUAUUGGCAGAUUUUCAAAACUGUAAUGUGCCAGUGGUUAUUACAGUGACAAGAGUUCCUAAUGUACUCUUCUUCCUGAGCUACCAUUACAACUGAACACACAGGGCACAAUUCUUCUCAUAACUCUGCUGACUUUGAACACAUCAUCUUCAGCUUCAGUGGAGUUGGAUGAAUUUGUUUAUCCUAGGCAGCUCUCACCUUAUUAUCUAAGGGCCCCUGUCCUGCACCCAUAAAAUUAUGAUGAUGUUGGAAUAUCUUCAUGGGCCGGCUCUACAGUUUUUGCCGCCCCAAGCAGCG